CAGCACAACACGCCCCUCUGCUCGCGUCGCGGUGACGUCACGCUCCUCCGGCGGCGGUCCUAAAGUCGGUAACGAACGGACAGACACAGUAGAGUUGAACUAGUCCAGAGACGCUGACCGGGGCGUAACGUUAACAGCUGCUCAGACAAACGGGAAUAAUUUCGGUUUGGCGCGGAGCGCGAGAGGAGCGCGGGGUGGCGUUCGCGAGACUCCCGCCAUGGAUCGGAGACUUUUAACGGCUUUCCUCUUCUCCUCCGUUAUUUUCAUGAUCUCAGCCGAAGCGGGUCCAGAAUCCCAAGCAGAAGACUGCCUCCUGGAUAAAUCCUACACAGACUGCGGCUACAGUCAAGGCAAAGAUGACGACUACGACUGGGAGCAGAUCAACACCAAUCAGAAACCCUCCUCAGACCCCUGGGUGCCGUCAGGUUCAGCGUUCAUGAUGGUGAACACAUCAGGCCGGGUCUCUGGUCAGCGAGCGCAGCUCUACAUGGCGCAGUUCAAAGAGAACGACACCCACUGCGUCAUAUUCGAGUAUUACAGCGCCGGUCGAGAGGGUUCGAGCCCUGGCCAGCUCCUCAUCUACGUCAAGGAGAACAACAGUCCUCUGGGCAUCGCCGUGUGGAACUCGUCCGGUCCGGCUCUGAAGAAAUGGCAGCAGGUUGAGCUGGCCAUCAGCACCUUCUGGCCCAAUUUCUACCAGCUGGUGUUUGAGGCGGUGGGGACCGGUGAACGGGGUCUGCUGGCCGUUAGAGGAAUCUCGCGUCAGGGUCAUCAGUGCAUGAACACGCCUCACUUCCUGCACAUUAAGAGCGUGGAGGUCAACGCCAGACAGACGGCCACCUUCCAGUGCACCAUUAACGGCCAGCCCAAAGACCACGUCAACUACAAGCUCUGGCUCCAGGGUGGACGCGAGGCUCCUAUGAAGGACACCAAACCCGUGAACUCCAGACGCUACACCGCCACCUUUGACAUCGUCAACACCACCAAAAGAGACUCGGGCCACUACCGCUGCAUCGUCCGCUCCGAGAAAGGAGUCGGAGUGUCCAGUUACGGAGUUCUGGUGGUCAAACAGCCUCCGAUCCCCAUCGCUCCUCCUCAGCUGACGGCGGUCGGCGCCACCUACCUGUGGAUCCAGCUCAACGCAAACUCCAUCAACGGCGACGGGCCGAUCGUGGAGAAGGAGGUGGAGUACCGCACGCUUUCCGGAAGCCUGAUCGACAGCCAGCCGGUCGACAAACCCAACCACAAGAUCGGCCACCUGGACCCCGACACCGAGUACGAGAUCAGCGUGCUGCUCACCAGACCCAACGAGGGCGGCACCGGGGCCCCAGGGCCCCCGCUCAGGGCCCGCACCAAGUGCGCAGAUCCCAUGCACGGCCCUCGGCGGCUGCAGGUCGUCGACAUCAAAUCCAAGCAGUUGAUGGUGCGCUGGGAGCCGUUUGGAUACAACGUGACGCGCUGCUACAGCUACAAUCUGACGGUGCAGUACCGCUACACGGCUAACGGUAAAGAGGAGACGCACGAGGAGACGUGCUACGAUACUCCGAACGCCGCGCCGCAGCACACCAUCCGCAGCUUGCAGCCCUACACCAACGUCAGCAUUAAACUGCUGCUGCGCAACCGCGAGGGAGUCAAAGACAGCCAGGAGCUCCGCGUGCUGACCGACGAGGACGUUCCCGGUGCCGUUCCGCAGCAGUCCAUCCAAGGAAGCACGUACGAGGAGAAGAUCGCACUCAGAUGGAGAGAACCGCUCCAGACGUACGGCAUAAUCAAACAGUAUGAAAUCUUCUAUAAGGCCGUCAGCUCCUUCGACCCUGAGUUUAAUCUGUCCAAUCAGAGCGGGAAGGUGCUGAAGCUCAGUAACGAGACGUCUCACGUCUUCACGGCUCUGUAUCCCGGAUCCACGUACUCCUUCACCAUCAGAGCCAGCACCGUCAAAGGAUACGGACCCCCCACCAUCACACAGUUCACCACCAAGAUCUCACCGCCGCAGAUGCCGGGAUACGAGCAGGAGACGCCGCUGAAUCAAACCGACAGCACGGUGACUGUUCUGCUGAAACCAGCCCGGAGCCGCGGAGCACCGGUUAGGUGCAAUCCUGCAGCGCUAGAUUGUGGGCGGGCGAUUCCUCUCAGUCUGAGUGAUUCUCAGCAGCACUUCAUGUGUGUUUGCGCUCGUGAUGAUAAUGUCUGCGGCUGCUUCAUUAUUCAGCAGAUGGUUCUGGUCGAGGGUCGCAGCUUGAGUGUGUAUGAGACGUUACCUAUAGAUGAUGUGAUAUCAGAUGAACUUCGCUCGUCGUCGCUCAGUGACUGUGACGCUGAGAGUGCUUCGGUGGAUCGGCUGAAGCUGUGCAUCGUCUGCUUCUGGCUGCUGUUCUUCGCCGCUGCCCCCGCAGGUUUUCAUGAGGAAUGCUCCUCUAUUUCUGGAGACGAUGGGAUUGUUCUCGGUCUCGUCCCUCGAGGCGGCUGCUCUUUUCUGCGUUUUUCCUCCGCUAUUGUUUCUUCGUAUUACUUCACCGCAGAGUUCCCAGCCGCUCGCAUCCAGACGCCGCUGCCCUUCGCCGUCGGAGACAACCGCACCUACGACAGCUACUGGAACCUUCCUCUGCUGCCACACAAGAGCUACAGCAUCUACUAUCAGGCCGUCAGCACAGCCAACGGGGAAACUAAGAUCGAUUGUGUUCGCGUGGCCACUAAAGCUGCCAUUAUUGUGACUCAGCUCACCACGCCGUAUGUGCGUAUCGCACCCGCUGCCGGCGACAGCCAACUAACAGGCGCUACGACCCGGAAGCCUGAUGCCGUGGAACCCGAGAAACAGACGGAUCACACGGUGAAGAUCGCCGGCGUCAUCGCUGGCAUCCUACUCUUCGUCAUCAUCUUCCUCGGCGUGGUGCUGGUCAUGAAGAAGCGAAGAUCCUAUCACUCCUACACUUACUACCUGAAACUGGCGAAGAAGCGUAAGGAGACGCUGAGCAGCACGAGGCAGGAGAUGACGGUGAUGGUGAACUCCAUGGACAAGAGCUACGCUGAGCAGGGCACCAGCUGCGACGAGGCCAUUUCAUUCAUGGACACACACAACCUCAACGGACGCACUGUCUCCUCGCCGUCGUCCUUUACCCUGAAGACUAACACACUGAGCACCGCCGUGCCAAACUCCUACUAUCCAGAUCCCUUCGUGCCGACCGCAAUCUUAGUGCCCAUUAAUGACGAGAACCACACCAUGAACAGCGAGACCAGCAGCUUGGUUCAGUCACACACUCACUCCUACAAGAAACGCGAGGCGGUGGAUGUCCCAUAUCAGACGGGACAGCUUCAUCCGGCCAUCCGUGUGGCCGAUCUUCUCCAGCACAUCACGCAGAUGAAGUGCGCCGAGGGUUACGGCUUCAAAGAGGAAUACGAGAGCUUCUUUGAAGGACAGGCGGCGCCGUGGGACUCGGCCAAAAAAGAUGAGAACAGAAUGAAGAACCGUUAUGGAAACAUCAUCGCAUACGAUCACUCGCGUGUGCGGCUGCAGCCUCUGGAGGGAGAGCAGAGCUCCGACUACAUUAAUGCAAAUUAUGUAGAUGGCUACCAUCGACCCAAUCACUACAUCGCCACACAAGGUCCGAUGCAGGAGACCAUCUAUGACUUCUGGAGGAUGGUGUGGCAGGAGAACACAGCAACUAUCGUCAUGGUUACCAAUCUGGUUGAAGUCGGCCGGGGGAGUCCGAUGCAGGAGACCAUCUAUGACUUCUGGAGGAUGGUGUGGCAGGAGAACACAGCAACUAUCGUCAUGGUUACCAAUCUGGUUGAAGUCGGCCGGGUGAAGUGCUGUAAGUACUGGCCCGACGACACUGAGAUCUACAGGGACAUGAAGGUGACGCUCAUCGAGACUCAGCUGCUGUCUGAAUACGUCAUUCGAACCUUCGCUGUGGAAAAGCGAGGAGCUCAUGAGAUCAGGGAGAUCCGUCAGUUUCAUUUCACCGGCUGGCCGGAUCACGGCGUCCCGUAUCACGCCACGGGGCUGCUGGGCUUCGUCCGCCGGGUCAAAGCCAAGAGUCCAGCCAACGCCGGCCCGAUGGUCAUCCACUGCAGCGCUGGAGCGGGACGCACCGGCUGCUUCAUUGUGAUUGACAUCAUGCUGGACAUGGCGGAGCGAGAAGGAGUCGUGGACAUUUACAACUGCGUGAGAGAACUGCGCUCCCGCAGGGUCAACAUGGUGCAGACGGAGGAGCAGUAUGUGUUUAUCCAUGAUGCCAUAUUGGAGGCGUGUCUUUGUGGCGACACCACGAUCCCGGCCAAUCAGCUUCGCUCGGUGUAUUACGACAUGAACCGCUUGGACCCGCAGACCAACUCCAGCCAGAUCAAAGAGGAGUUCAGAACGUUAAACAUGGUGACGCCCACGCUGCGGGUGGAGGACUGCAGCAUCGCGCUGCUGCCGCGGAACCAUGAGAAGAACCGCUGUAUGGACGUUCUUCCUCCGGACCGCUGCCUGCCCUUCCUCAUCACCAUCGACGGAGAGAGCAGCAACUACAUCAACGCCGCGCUCAUGGACAGCUACAAGCAGCCGUCUGCGUUCAUCGUUACCCAGCAUCCUCUGCCCAACACCGUCAAAGACUUCUGGAGGCUGGUGCUGGACUAUCACUGCACGUCUAUAGUGAUGCUGAACGACGUGGAUCCCGCGCAGUUGUGUCCACAGUACUGGCCAGAGAACGGCGUCCAUCGGCACGGACCCAUCCAGGUGGAGUUUGUGUCUGCGGAUCUGGAGGAGGACAUCAUCAGCAGGAUCUUCCGCAUCUAUAACGCGGCACGGCCGCAGGAUGGGUACCGGAUGGUGCAGCAGUUCCAGUUUCUGGGCUGGCCGAUGUACCGCGACACUCCCGUCUCCAAACGCUCCUUCCUCAAACUCAUCCGACAGGUGGACAAAUGGCAGGAGGAGUACGACGGAGGAGAGGGACGCACCGUCGUGCACUGCCUUAACGGCGGCGGGCGCAGCGGCACGUUCUGUGCCAUCAGUAUCGUGUGUGAGAUGUUGUGUCACCAGCACUCGGUGGACGUCUUUCACGCCGUCAAAACACUGAGAAACAACAAACCCAACAUGGUGGAUCUGCUGGAUCAGUAUAAGUUCUGCUAUGAGGUGGCACUGGAAUACUUGAAUUCUGGGUAAUGUGAGCGUAAGCUGCUCUAAUGUCUCACCUUCCCCGGACACUGAAACACACGACGGCUGAAACUGGAGCAGAAACACACGAGCCAAACCGAACCGAUGUUUCCCUGCACUCGCCUCACGAUUAUCUCCAUCCGCUCGUGUCUUCUGUUCCUCAACACGUUUCUUGCCGUCGUCUCCUCAUCAGACGAGUGUCUUCAUGUUUGUGUGGAAUGCACAUCACGUGGAUGUUGAUUUUAUCAUUGUUUUUAUGAACUCCAGGCGUCUGGCAUGUACAGUCGAUCAUGCGUGGCAUUAAAGCGCUCAUAUUAACGCGUGUUUCUGCCCUCUGUGGUUGUGUUUGUGUGGAACGAUGGAAAAACUGCUGAAACGUCCCGUCCCAAGAUCCAAAGCUUGUGUUCGUGAUCAUUUCUUUUGUUUAUACUGUAAAUAGAUGAAGUUCACCAGAUAAUUUAUUCAUUGACAGAUUUUUGUGAAGCACACUGAGUGACAAUCAUGUUUUAAUUUGGUCAUUAUUAUCAUAUGGACUCCACAUAUAAUAGUGACCAGAUUGUAUUGUUAACUUUUUAUUUAUCUGGUAUGAAAACAAAAAACAAAAUCAAACCUAUAAAUGCAUAUCUAUAU